AUUUGAUCGUAGAAGAGUCUUCAGUGUAUUGGUUUAAUGCACAGGAUCCGAUUCAGUGAUUAAGCCCGAUGACUCAAUCUCAAUCCGGUUCAGUAUCCCCGGUGGACCUGACGGUAUCCGAACUACGACGAAACGACAGCACGACCUCUGAAACAUCCCCACCUCAGCCCAAAAAUGACCAACAAGAGGUGGAAUCUCACAUGUCAUACGGUUCUGUAGGAAGCGCAUCGUGGCUUCCGUUUACUCUGAGAUGGUACUACCUGGUCGCACUAGCUAAUAUCAGUAUUGCUCUUGGCUCCAUAGUCCUUUGGCUCAGCUGCCAUUCAAGAAGCAACCAUGGAAUUGGUGGCGAUGACGGAUCGUCGAUGGUACUCUUUGGGUGGCGCUUCACUCCCACUCUCAUUGCUGUACUUUACGCACAGAUGACUGUCAUACUAUUUGAAGACGUCAAGAGAACUGAACCAUUUGCACGGCUUGCCAAGGCAUCAGUGGAGGGUACAAGUGCGUAUGGUACCAUCCUCCAGACUCCAAGAGCGUGGUGGUCCAUCUUCAUGGACGCCUGCUUUCACCGAAGACGGAUCGGCAAAACUAGCUGGAGCUUGAUCUGCGCUGCGCUUGUCAACAUCAUCGCACUUCUGGUUAUAUCACCUCUUUCCUCGGCCCUACUCACUUCUGAAGAACUCGUUCUACCAAGCUCUGCCGAAUUCGCGAGACUCGUUCCUGGGAACACUACCCAGCUCCCAGUCAUUGCGACAAGGGAUACAUAUUUCCGGACAAUGGCUGCGCUCAUGAGGAACGUAUCAACAUCAGCCUGGGUCACCGAUACUUCAUUUACAUUCCCCUUUUGGCCAUCGUCGGAGAAGGCUCAGUUCGGUCCGAGACUGACAUCGUCAUAUGGCGCAUGGAAUGCAGAGACUACCACAUUUCGGUCAGAGUACGUUUGCCAUGAUAUGAAACUCCAAAGUGCGGAGUUGAGAGAAGAGCGGUACUCGGAUGUGUACUCCUUACAGCAUUACGGCCCCUACAAAGGGAUACAGCCUAUGGUCACAUUCGCACUAGAAUCCAAUCAAGGAUGCAGAUACGAGUUGAAAAUUCACCCUGCGAUUGACCUAGCACUUGGUGGAGGUAUGACUUGGUCGAACGCGACUACCUUUUUCCCGACUGCCUUCAACGGAAUACUCCCUCUCGGUGGCAGAGUCGUACCGUCCAACGUUACUUCCACGCAUGUAUACGCUCGGGUCAACGCUUCUCAAGAAUGCAACAAAUACGACAUUAUUCUUAUGAGUACUCCGUGGACUGCCCCUUGGAACAAGACAUGGGAUGGCCCCUUCCUUCCCGAUAACAUGACAUACGAGCGUUCUGCAGACUUCCGUAUGCGAGGCAUGCUUUGCAGUUCUCGAUACACGAUGUCUAAGAAUACUACAAGUGUAAAAAUUUCGGGGAACUCAGGCCAUUACUUCAACGCAAGCUCUGAGACCGACUCGAAUGGCCUGGAAAUUCCAAACAGCCUCGCUGAUGUUUCCAUGUUCCAGGCAACAAGUAUGCAGAACAACUGGAAAACAUAUUUCGACAGAGCUAGCAUGCAGACUGAUGCCAUGAGAGCUGGAUAUACUGCUUUGGAUUCUCAGGAAGACGGCAGAAUACCCGGAUACUCCGGUGUGGCGCCCAUGCUUGCCGCACUUUCAGGCUUCAAUCUGACCGCCUUGAUCAGCGACCCCAAUAUCAGUCAAACAGCAGCAAGAGUUAAGGGACGGUUUUUCACGGAGACGAUGAGGGAUACGCUCGACUUACCUGGCAUCAUCCAAACGAGCAAGUUCCAAGGAUCUGCUACCGUCGUCCAGGAAAGGGUGGUUGUUUUGACUGAGAUUGGUUUCACAUUGGCUGCGCUCUUUUACGCGUUGGCUUCGUUCCUUAUGGUAUUGUUCUGGAUGUCUCGCUUACCCUAUCGGCCGCUCAACCUUCGCUCAGACCCCUCCAGUAUCGCUGGUCUGGGUCUUUUGCUACAGCCUCAUUCAGACCUCACUGCUAAUCUCAGACGCUUGCACGUCGCCUCAAGGGGUGAUUUUUAUAAAUCACUAUGCAAUAAGAGUUAUUUGAUGUCAGACAGGUUUCUAAUUCAAGGAAACCCGCAACCCGAUACCACCUCGCCGCACAUCAAAACAAAAUCGGAUUGGAGACCUCGUGUGAUCCAUGUGCGGACACUUCUCGCACUGAUAGUACUGCUCACAUCUAUCAUGGCCGCCAUUUUGACUCUCAACGCCUUCUCCGCACGAUCACUACUAUCGCAGGCGGGCUUUACCUACGAAGCCGACAUCUCAAAGCUCAAUCUUAGCUUCCCGACAUUUGCACCUAUUUCCAUUGCCCCGACAGUUGCCAGUAUCGUGAUCGGACUCUGGUGGGACCAACUGGACAUGACGUUUAGGACACUUCAGCCUUACAUAUCGAUGUCUCAACGUCCGACUUCAAUCAGUGCUGGAGCGGGAUUAACGUACAAGUCCAAGACUUGGAUAGGUGCGGCUAUCAAGGCUGCGCGCCACAGGCAUUGGGUGCUACUGAUGGUUGCCGUCGGCUCUACCCUGACCCAGGUCCUGACUGUUUCGAUGUCUGCUUUAUUCGAGAGAAGAUCAACACCGACUACACAGCAGAUAUCGCUGCUCCAGAAUUUGAAGAUACGCCACGAUCCAUUCGUGACCAAAGUGGACGUAAUAUUAGGCAACAACAAGCGAUGGGGAUAUUCCCAAGACGUUCUCGACGAGUUGUAUCUCGACGCUCGUGAGAACUGGCUGUACGGAGCAGGGAUACAACAUUCAUUCAACGACUCCCAGUUGCCCUGGUCAUCUGAAGGGUGGAGCUUCUUGCCGGUAGAUCUGACCCACAUUUCGAACUCUACAGCUUCACAAGGUCAACAAAAUAGCUACGGUAGUCCGGCGAUCGCUUCGGCUAAUGUCAGUCUUCAAGUGCCUGCUAUCCGCGCAAGGCUUGAGUGCAAGCCCAUUGAGGAGGUCUCGAACGCAUCAUCAUGGCUCGAGCCUGUGGAUCUCACUGAUGACAAAAGCAUAUUGGCGGAUGACGUUGCGCGACUAAACAACACGGGAGGACUUCAGCUCUACAAGUUGCCAGUCGGCAUUUUCAUAAACAGUUCUUCUGAGACUACCACCUUCUCAUCACCAAACUAUGAGGCCUGUUGCUCCAACGGGACUAUCGAACAGCAGCAUCGGAGUGUUCUGGGCUAUUGGUCCGCCGCUUUGGUCAGACCUCCCUACGACAAGGUGUCUUGGCCGAUGUCUGUCGUACCAAAAUGGGUCGUCGGGAAGCCGAUCAGCAUUACAGACACCAAUGGACAUAAAGCCUUGUACUUCAGAGAAGAGCCUCAAAUGCAGGCUGCGAACUGUCGACCAAUCAUCGAGACCACAGAAGCUAAUGUUGUUGUCGAUGCUCAGUCUGGGGCGGUUCUGUCACGGAAGGUGAAGACUCCGAUAGAACCGAUGAACAGUGCCUGGGAUGAUGCCUUCACGCCACAUGAGGUCUCAGGGCACGCUUCUCAGCUUGCCAAUAAUUCCUACGUGGGGCCAUUGAACGUGACCACAUCGUUCGGAAUCCUCUUCCUCGGCUCGCUAUUGGGGUCUGCAAACCGGGGCUCUGAUAGCAAUGCCUUCGUGUUCCGAGACAAAGAGUACGGCCUUGACAUGGACAUCAUGACCAAUACGAUGUAUGUCAUGGCCAACAAAAAUGCUGAAGCACUACUGGACUACACAACCUUCGUAGAGUCAGCCGACCGCACAUUCCAAGCAUUCUUUCAACAAUUUGUCAACAGCGGAUUGUCAUUGAAGCAGGGCGGCUUCACAUACCAAUCAGUUGACGACCGAAGUAUUGAGGAUCUUAGCCGACCAAUUUAUACAAAUGGCACAGUCAUAUCGAAACGCGAGACUGUUUCAACACAGAGUAUCUCAGCAUCAGUGUCAACGCGCAUCCGCGUUCUACACAUGAACGUUGUUGCCACUUACCUGGCAACUGCAAUUCUCAUAUGGCUCACUGGCACAGUAUUCGUCAUCAUCAGUCUUCAGCGAAAGUAUACAAGCUCGAUGAUUCGCGAUGUGCAGCUUAUCGCCGGUAUGCUGGUUCUCGUAGCCGGCAGUAAUAGGUUUCUGGAAUUGUUGCAUGAACGCGGCAUUGCGCUGAAGAAGGAUCGAGAUAUUCAAACAAUGCUUGGCUGGUUCAAGGAUAGUGACGGCGAGGUUCGUUGGGGCAUCGAGGUGCUUGGUGGACCAGAUCCAGUUCAAUGGGUGGAUGCACCCGAAACAGGCAAUCAUAUUCGGGAGAAAAACUCGAUUGAGUUUGGAAGAUUACUUCAAUGGAGGAAAGCCUAGUAUUUGGGUUAUAGAGGGAAAAUAGUGUAUCCCAACCAAUAUGAUGGCUAAUCAUGUCUUCAGCUGCAGAGCUUCAUACAUCCACUGC